GAUUUGAACUUGGCUCAUGUUUGACCAUUGCAUAAAAUAGGAGCAGGGGAUGAGACUGAAAGGCCGAAACCCACCGCAUAGUCCCGUGUUCCACUCGUGCUGGUGGUUCCUGGUGGGGAAACCAUCCUGUAGGGGGCUGGGGAGCAGAGGCAAGAGCAGUGAACAGCUGGAGCUGGCAGAGGUAGAGGACAGCAACGUGAAGCUACCGCCUUGCUCAGGCCACGGUCAGUCCCACAGUUUUGAGGAACAAAACUCAGGGUUCUGCUUUAGAAUGCUUCAUCUGCAAUCUUAAAAAAAAAAGCUACUCACUGACCACAAGAAAUGCCCUGCCUCCACCCCGCACAGACGCAGGCUGGCCUUCAAUUGCUCCACAAGUGCUGGGAACACUCACCCUCACUCACCUCACCCCACUCAACUCCACCCAGCCCCACCCUCCCCGAUUCCCUUAAGGCAGAGCCCCUAGGGAGAACACUCGAAGUACUCGAAGCAGAGUGAGCAGAGAAAACCUUGCCGUGAACUUGCCCUCCAGGAACUGGCCACUGGUGGGCGUUGUGGCCAUUCAUGGGCACCCAACCCUACAAAAAGAAGAACUUUGUCUCUUCUUGUCUUUCUGAAAGACUAUAAAGCCGGAGUCAAUCUCCACUACCACACAGGAAGCUGAAUAUUUCCUACUGGGUCAGGACCUUGAACUCUGAAUGCCUAAAGACUCUAAAAAGCCCCGGAAACAAAGACUUUGUGGACAAAAUCCCUUGGAACCAGAGAGAGGCCAGGAUGGAGACAUCAGCCACCACCACGGACUAUGAUACGACCACAGAGUAUGACUAUGAGGACACGACCCCGUGCCAGAAGGUGGCUGUGAGGGCCUUUGGGGCCCAACUGCUGCCCCCUUUGUACUCCCUGGUGUUUGUCAUUGGCCUGGUCGGCAACGUCCUGGUGGUCUUGGUCCUCAUGAAAUACAAGAGGCUGCGGAGCAUGACCAGCAUCUACCUCCUCAACCUGGCCAUUUCCGACCUCCUCUUCCUCUUCACGCUGCCCUUCUGGAUCGACUACCGGCUAAAGGAUGACUGGGUCUUCGGCGAUGUCCUGUGCAAGUUCCUCUCCGGGCUGUAUUACGUCGGCUUGUACAGCGAGGUCUUCUUCAUCAUCCUGCUCACCAUCGACAGGUACCUGGCCAUCGUGCACGCCGUGUUCGCCCUGCGUGCCCGGACAGUCAGCUUCGGCAUCGUCACCAGCAUCGUCACCUGGGCCCUCACCAUCCUGGCUGCCAUCCCGGGCUUCCGCUUUUCCAAGACGCAGUGGGAGUUCACUCAUUACACCUGCAGCCUUCACUUCCCUCACGAGAGCCUGAGACAGUGGAAGCAGUUCCAGGCUCUGAAACUGAACAUCCUAGGGCUUGUUCUGCCCCUGCUGGUCAUGGUCGUCUGCUACACGGGAAUUAUCCAGAUCCUGCUCAGACGACCGAAUGAGAAGAAGUCCAGGGCCGUGCGGCUGAUUUUUGUCAUCAUGCUCAUCUUCUUUCUGUUUUGGACCCCCUAUAACCUGACGCUGUUGGUCUCCGCUUUCCAAGACUCCCUGUUCACCAAUCAGUGUGAGCAGAGCAAGCAGCUGGACCUGGCCAUACAAGUGACGGAGGUGAUCGCCUACACUCACUGCUGCGUCAACCCCGUGAUCUACGUCUUUGUUGGGGAGAGGUUCCAGAAGUACCUGCGCCAGCUCUUCCACACGUACCUGGCUAAAUGGCUCCCCUUCCUCUCCACGGAGAGGCUGGAGAGGGCCAGCUCCGUAUCUCCCUCCACAGCGGAGCACGAGCUCUCUGCUGGGUUCUGACUCGGACCCCUGGAGGCAGAUCCAGGCCCCAGCACCCAUGAGCUGCCAGGCGUGCUAUGAUGGGCAGAGGGAGGAGACAGCAGGGCUCUCCCAGUGGAUCCUGAGGCCUGGCCUGGGAUAUAACCCCAGCCCUCUGCGGCCAAAGGGGCUUCAACGUGUCCUCAGUGGAAUCGCCUUUGGGGCUUCAGCUUUUCCGUGAACUUCUUGCUGGUGGCAAGGAGAUGAGUGAGCAAAGCAGCACAUCCCAGAGACUGGGACAAAAGGGCUUGGCCCCACACAGGGAUUCCGAUUGGUGAGCGUCGGCGUUUGUGAACCAAGCCACUGCAGCUCCUGUUCCCAUCCCCUGCCUCCACCACUCUUGAACUUGAAAUAGUGAUUUCUGCAGUUGACGCUGCUCUGGGUCCUGGGGCCGAUCAGUAGCCCACAACUGUCUCCUCCCACCCUCACUUCACCCCAACUGUUUGACUCUUGGAAACCCUGAGAGCUUAGGGCUUAGUAUGGAAGAAGUUGACGGGUAGUGGGAAAUAGUAGCAUGGAACUGCUUUUGGCAGUGGAACUGAACACCUGGGGAGAAUUUUUAUAUCCCCUGAAAUCAGUGUAGGUAGUAGACUGAUACACACCAUCCAAAUAACCUGCUGUGCCUCUUGAGAUAGCUGUGGAGGGGAGGAACCUGUCAUUUUUAAGAUCAGAUCUCUGCUCCCUUGACCCUGUCAGCCAGCUGUGGCCUGCUACACAGGCUGGUGGUGGUUGGGGUUGGGGUGGGGGGGACCGUCUAUAGGAACACACCUGUUCUUGCAGGAGUGGGGGAGCUGUCUAUCUUGGCAUCGAGGUGGAGAGGACCCUUACUUUCAGGUCGCUGUUUUCCCCAAGGACUUUGACCUUUCUUUAUCCCAUCUUUGUUUCUCCUUCCCUCACACAUGUAUGUCUUUAAAAAUAAUUUUUCCAGCAACACCAAUUGUUUCUAACAAAGCUUUAAAGCACAAAGCAAAACAUCUCAGUGACCAGCAUCGUCCACAAUCCCUCCACCUACAGGCGCCGUCCAUUACUGCAUGUGUCCUCUUUGAGUCUGUUUUUCUCCUGUGCAUAUUUAUAGUUGUAACAAAGAUGGACCUCCAUUGUACUCAUAGUUGUGUUGUUGUUAAUUAGCGUGUUGUUGAUCACCUUCCUAAGUCAAUAAAUUAUUCAAAAGCAUUGA